GGUACUGUGCUGGAGGUGCUGCUGGAGCUACUGGAGGUGCUGCUGGUGCUGGAGGUGCUGGUACUACUGGAGCUACUAGAGGUGCUGCUGCUGCUGGAGCUACUGGAGGUGCUGCUGGUGCUGGAGGUGCUGCUGCUGCUGGAGCUGCUGGAGGUGCUGCUGGUGCUGGAGGUGCUGCUGGAGCUACUGGAGGUGCUGGCGCUACUGGAGCUGCUGGAGGUGCUGUUGGUGCUGGUGCUGCUGGUGCUGGAGCUGCUGGAGGUGCUGGAGCUACUGGAGCUGCUGGAGGUGCUGGAGGUGCUGCUGGGACUGGAGACCCUGGGGCUGAGGGUACCGGGUGA